AUGGGUUGGGCUUUAGUUCUCGGCCUUUGGACUUCCAUGUACAGUGAACCACCUUGAACCCAGCUCAUCCCGCUUUCCUGGAAUCUUGCGUCGCCGAGAAUCUCGGUUUCUUCCCGGAGCUCAUCCCCAAUUGUUGAAAAUCACUCUAUUGUAUUUCAUUCGAGCAGAUAUCAGAAUCCAAUAGAGUAGUAUCUGAUGAAUUCUCUGGGAAUUUCUUUCUGCAGUUUGUUUGAUUUCUUUGAGAAAUCGAUGUAGCUUUUGCUUUUUUGAGUUGGACUUCGUUUACCUACUUUUGUUUUAUGCAACAUCCUUCUGUGAUUUGGGCUAAUCAUGGUGGGAUCAGUGCUGUUGCUGGAUUUCAAUUAGCUAAUUAAUGCACUCUAUUCUUUAGUUGUUAGUGGCGCUCAAAGAUUUUUGAGUUAUGUUGAUUUCCGGUACGUGGAUUCAAACCUCAAACUCGAAUGGGAUGCUUGGCUCUCCACUGGUUGCGCCUUGCAGCAGUUUUCAAAAGCCAGUUUCUUAUCUUCUAACGAAAUCUUUAAGAAAAGUAGUUCAAGUAAAUGCAAGGGUUGUAGAUGGAAGCCAAAAUCAUCCUCCUUCGAAAAGAAGGAAUCCCCUGGUGUCAAUUCUUGAAGUCCCGCAAGUUAUAUGGAGGCAAACAUUGCAGCCACUCAGUAAUUUUGGGUUUGGUCAGAGGAGCAUUUGGGAAGGUGGUGUUGGUCUCUUUGUUGUGUCCGGGGUGACUCUUGUUGUUCUAAGUCUUGCGUGGUUGAGGGGAUUUCAUUUGAGAUCACAGUUGAGGAAAUAUCAAGCGGUAUUUGAGUUCUCCCAAGCUUGUGGACUCUGCGUGGGAACACCGGUUAGGAUAAGAGGUGUGACUGUUGGGAAGGUUGUUCAUGUCAACUCUUCUUUAAAAAGCAUUGAUGCAGUUGUUGAGGUUGAGGAUGUUAAAACUAUUAUACCUAGAAAUUCUGUUGUUGAGGUCAACCAAUCUGGCUUGCUUAUGGAGACACUAAUUGACAUAACACCUCAGGAUCCUCUGCCAACACCUUCGGUUGGACCUCUUGAUCCUGGUUGCCUUAAAGAAGGUCUCAUUGUAUGUGAUAAAGAAAAAAUUAAAGGGCAACAAGGAGUAAGCUUGGAUGCUUUAGUAGGGAUAUUCACCCGUCUUGGACGAGAAAUGGAGGAAAUUGGCGUCAGAAGAAGUUACAUGUUGGCUGAAAAAGUUGCAUCUAUUGUACAGGAAGCACAGCCUCUAAUUGCGAAGGUUGAACUCUUAGCUGAAGAUAUUCAACCAUUACUUGCUGAGAUCCGUGAUAGUGCUGUCCUGAAGGAUGUUGAAGUCUUAACCAAAAGUCUAGCAGAAACAACAGAGGAAUUAAGAGGAUUGCGCUCUUCAAUUCUAACUCCAGAGAAUGUUGAAAUUUUUCGCCGAGCUAUCUUCACCCUCGUGUACACAUUAAGAAAUCUCGAGAGUAUUAGUUCAGACAUCUCAGUUUUCACCAGUGAUGAGGCUACCAGGCAGAAUAUGAAGAUGCUCAUCAAAUCACUUAGUAGGAUGUUGUAAAGUUUGUUUUCAAUCACAUUUUCAAAGGAACAAGACAUUGUUUAGCAGCAAAAUCACCGAAAAAAAAA